AUAAUCAUCAAUUGAAGAUCAAAUCCCUCUUUAUUUUGUUCAUUUUUUUUUCCUGAUUGUGUUAUUUCUCAGAAUGGAGAAGUAGGGAAUCGUCCUCCUGGUUUGACCCAUCAUUUUAGUUUACCAAAGACCUCCGCAGAGAUGGCUGCCAUGGAUAAGUAUUUACAGUUUCAAGAAUCUGUUCCUUGUAAGACACGAGCCAAGCGGGGUUGUGCCACUCAUCCUCGGAGCAUUGCAGAGAGGGUCAGAAGAACCCGGAUUAGUGAAAGAAUGAGAAAAUUACAGGAGCUUGUCCCCAACAUGGACAAGCAAACCAACACAGCUGACAUGUUAGACUUGGCAGUGGACUACAUUAAAGACCUCCAAAAACAGGUCAAGAAUCUCAAGGAUGGUCAGGCUAACUGUACCUGUUCCAGCAAGUAGAAGCCAUGGUCAAGUCCUGUGGCUUCUGUGGAGAUAUAAAAGAAGAAACUAUGGCAGAGGAGAUAUUUAGCAAAGCUUUCUCUUUGUAGGACAACAGAGGUGGAAGAAGAAGAGGAGUAUUGUUGGGGUGGAGGUAUGGAGAAGAGAGAAAGGGGCUGCUAAGAAUUUCCAAUAGCAAAGAAAGAUCCAUGCCCACUAGUGCAACAAAAGCUACCGAUGAUGACAUAGAAAAGGGCCAAAACUGUAUAGCAUAUGUACCACAAAUUAGCUUUGUAAUGCAGUUUACUGGUUCAGUUGAGUACUAGAACCAAUUUAUCUGAAUUCCUCAGAAGAGUUAGCAGAGAGAAGAGAAAUACAAACCCCAUAAUGGGAGGAUAUAAAACUACAAUUUGGAAAGCAAAA